AUUAAAAUGUUUCGCCCGGUGAGAAGUUUGAAGACUACUGAUUUGUCAGGGUUCACCUGCUUAAUGCCAACAGUAUCAAUUGGAAAUGUUGGACAGCUAUCUCUUGACUUGAUUAUUGCCACUCUGCCAUGCGAGCAGAUUGGAUCGAUUGUUCAUAAAGCAGUUGUUCCUCUUUUUGGUCGAAAUGCUCUUCGAAAAUCGAGUAGAAAACCAACAACAGCCAUUGAUGUGUUCGUUUGCAAAGAACACAAGUUGCUUUUGAUUCAAGUUCGGUCUUCUGUUGUUAAAAGAUAUCGUCAUUGUUUUGUCGAAGAUUUAUACAGUUGGCUGAGUAGUAAAAAAGUAUCACAACUUUUGGUUCUGUCGAGCUUAGAUGCCGUUGAGAGACAAGACAAAGCGAUCGCGAGUCCGGAUCAGAUCUAUUUCAAAGUGCCAGACUUGAAACUGGACUCAAAUCAGAUCAAUGAUUUGAAAGCAACUGGAGCCAAAGAGUUCACAGAACCAUCAUGUGCUGAGUUUCCUCUGGACGAUUCAGACACUUAUCCGGGUUCUGGUUUUCUUCCUUCUCUUCUGAACAACUCAGCUAAACUGGAAGGAAAUGUAACGGCUAUUUUCCUUUACUGUCUUGAGGGAGACAACAGGCCUCAAGGUUUUCUGUUGGCCUCGUUUGCAAUGAAACUUCUGGGCAUAUCAAAUGAGAACAAAGUUGAUUUGAGACUGAAGUCGCCUCAUUCGUGGGCAGUUUUGGACGAACAGAUUGAAUCACAUCUGACCAUGUUUUGAUGUUUUUUUUUUCAUGGAUUGAAUAAUUUAAAUGCUAAAUUUGA